AUGGCAGAAACUUCCCAAAAAGCAUUACAACAGCAAAUUUUAAUCGAUGAUUCCAACAUUCCCGAUUGGCUUUUAACCGAGAUCCUUCAACGGCUACCGGUUAAACACAUCUUCAAGUUCAAAUGCGUCUCCAAGAGAUGGUUCAUCCUCAUUUCUGACCCCUUUUUUGCUCGUCUUUAUUCCACCAGAAUCAACACAUCUUUAUCCACAUCUCCACCAUGGAACCUUCUUUUCCGUUACUUAUACGAAGUUCGCAUCGUUCCAUCGAGUAUGAUCGAUACCCGAAUCGCCCUGCAACAAUCCCAGGAUUUCUCAUCCCCAGGCUUUUCAUUAAACUUCCUUCCGUAUUCUAAACAUGAUUGCCCAAUAAAGAUCCUGGCAUCAAGCAAUGGUUUAUUACUAUGUUGUGAAACCUUUUACUGGCAAAAAAAUUACUACAUCUGCAACCCACUUAUUCAACAAUGGAUUGCUCUUCCUAAACCACCUAAAGCUAUAAAAUCAGUUGCAGUUGGUUUCAUUUGCAAAGAUGGCCACUAUGAAGUGAUACGGUUUCCGACUGCCAAUUACGGACCGUCCAAUACUUUACGAUUGGAAACUUUCUCCUCCGAGACCGGGAAAUGGCAUUGCUCGAUUGUAAAUUGCCCUGUUCUGGACUAUUAUAUCAAAACAGAUUCCCCCGUUGUGCACUACAAUGGGAGUUUACAUUGGCUUGAGUUCCGCCAUAGCAAAAUUAUUACAUACGAUCCCCACAAUGGAACCAACACUGGACUCCAUCUAAUGAACUUGCCCGAUGACAAACAAAGCGAGCAUCUCUCCCUCCUAGGGGUGUCUCGCGGUCGUUUCCGGUACUUCGAGGUGACGGAUACUUGUUUCGGACCACGUGAUCUACGUGUGUGGGUGUUGUCGGAUUAUGAUGCUCAACGAUGGUGUUUGGAGUACAGGAUUAAGUUCAGUGGUUCUUGGAUUGAUGAAGUAAACGAAUUUAUACCCAAAGAUAAUUUCUAUAUCUUCCCAUUGGCACUCCACCCUCAUGAAUUUGAUAUUGUGUAUCUGGGAUAUGGAGGUUGCUUGGUUUCCUAUAACCUGGGGACAAGGAAACUAGAUGUAGUUCAUAGGAACUUUUACUCUCAUCAAUUGCUGGCUUUUGUCUUCUCACCAUGGCCAACAACAAUUCCUCAACCAUUUUGGUAA